GGGCGCGCGGGUUGUGCGCGCGCGUGGCCGGGGGUGUGUCCCCGCGUCUAGCUGGCUGGCUCGCGGGCGGUCUGGCUGCGAACGGCUCGGUGCGCUCCCUUCCCGGGCGGGGGAAUCCGGGCCGGGUUGUGGCCGCGGCCGUGUACGUGAGCGCAGUGUCCCGGAGAGGGAGGGCAGGCCGGCCAGGUGGGCGCGAAGGCGGCGGCGGCGGGAGGCGGCGCAGUGCAGGGGCCGCGCCGGUGGCGGGCAGGGCCGCGGCCGCUGCAGGGAGCCGAGCUGUCCGGGCCAGUGGUCUGCCGAGAGGAAGCAGAGUAUCCAGCAUGCUGUCCCGACGCCUUGGUAAGCGCUCCCUCUUGGGAGCCCGGGUAUUGGGACCGAGUGCCUCUGAGGUGCCACUGGGGGCCAGCCUGCCUUUGGAGCCACAGAUAGAAGUGCCUGAAGGAGCCACGCCCCAGCCUUCACACACCUCUAAGGACCCUGUGUGCCAGGAGCAGCCCAAGGAACUCCUCAAGGCUCUGGGUACCUCAGGCCACCCAAAGGUGGCCUUUCAGCCUGGACAGAAGGUCUGUGUGUGGUAUGGGGGUCAGGAGUGCAAGGGCCUGGUGGAGCAGCACAGCUGGGCCGAGGACAAGGUGACAGUCCGGCUGCUGGACCAGAAGUUACAGAUUUGCUGUAAAAUGGAAGAGGUGUGGCUAGCAGAGCUGCAGGGGACCGCAUCCCAAGUGACAGCCUACAGACCCGUGUCUAGGAACAUCGAUGUCCCGAAGAGGAAGUCGGAUGCAGUGGAGAUGGAUGAGAUGAUGGCUGCAAUGGUGCUGACUUCUCUGUCCUGCAGUCCUGUCGUGCAGAGUCCUCCUGGGGCUGAGCCCAUCUUCUCUGGUGAGCAAUUUCCCCGUGCAGCUUGUGGUGACCCAUGGAAGGAGAGCGGUGACGUGUCAGACAGCGGCAGUAGCACUACCAGCGGGCACUGGAGCGGGAGCAGUGGCGUCUCCACCCCUUCGCCUCCCCACCCUCAGGCCAGCCCCAAGUACCUGGGAGACGCCUUCGGGUCUCCCCAAACUGAUCAUGGCUUUGAGACUGAUUCCGACCCAUUCCUGUUGGAUGAACCAGCCCCACGCAAGAGAAAGAACUCUGUGAAGGUGAUGUACAAGUGCCUGUGGCCCAGCUGUGGCAAAGUUCUUCGUUCAAUCGUGGGCAUCAAGCGACAUGUCAAAGCCCUCCACCUGGGGGACACCGUGGACCCUGAUCAGUUCAAGAGAGAGGAAGAUUUUUACUAUACAGAGAUGCAGAUGAAGGAAGAAUCUGCUCUGGCUGUGGCUGCCCCCCCUGCCCCUGGGACACCCAACAGCGAGCCAGCCCCCACCUCCCGUGUGACCAGCCCGUCCCUUGCCGCUCUUUCAUUGCCUCCGCCCAAAGUCCAGUCCUCUGGCCCAGAACACCCUGGCCUGGAGUCUCCCCUGCCUUCAGUUGCACUCAGCAAGUCAGCUCCUGGCUCCUUCUGGCACAUUCAGGCUGACCACGCAUACCAGGCUCUGCCAUCCUUCCAGAUCCCUGUCUCUCCCCACAUCUACACCAGCAUCAGCUGGGCUGCUGCCCCUACCACCACCUCCCCCCUCUCUCCGGUCCGGAGCCGGUCACUCAGCUUCAGUGAGCCCCAGCAGCCACCACCCACAGUGAAGUCUCACCUGAUCGUCACCUCCCCACCCAGGGCUCAGAGCAGCUCCAGGAAAGCCCGCGGAGAAGCCAAGAAGUGCCGCAAGGUGUACGGCAUAGAGCACCGGGAUCAGUGGUGCACAGCCUGCCGGUGGAAGAAGGCCUGCCAGCGCUUCCUGGACUGAGCCUGCCUCGCCCAGCCCCGCUCCUCACCCUGCCGGGCAGCCAGGAGGCCUCCAGGCCUGCAGCCAUCAGCAGAACACGGAGAGAUACGGAGUGGAUGUGGGCAGCUGGGGCUCCAUUGGCUAAGAUUUAACACUUAAAAACACUUUC